GUGAUGCGACCCGUGAGCGCCUCUAAUGGCAGCUUGGAUUCAUCUCCAUCAAGGUGUAAUAGAUCGAUGGCUGGGGAUACCCGGAACGAUGGAUUGCUCGCUUGUGGAGAUGCACUGUCGAUGGAUUCUGGUCAUUCUUGGGUAUCAUACGUGGUAUGUGAGUAUGUGACGACUUCUGCCUACACUGCUACACAGAAAACCAGCUAAGCUGCUAGGCAGAAGAGGGUAUGCAAACAUACACGAUCUGUCAGGCAAAAAUGCAGCGGCGUCGCCCAUACAAAAUCCGUGAGGAAUAUAAGUCUUCCACUACCUCACCCGCUGCUGCUGCUCCACCUCCUCCACUACGCCGCCCACCUCGACGACGGGGCACCGGACGCCGGUCGGCGACAGCAGCGGCAAUGGCCGCCCGCCAGUGACGUGACGUGCGGCCGGCCCCACCAGGCCGGGAUCGAUCGACCGACCGAUGCCGGUCGACGACGACGACGCGUCGUCCCCGCCGCCGCCGCAGUACGACCUCCUGUGCGCCGAGGACGCCGGCGCCGCCUUCUUGGACGCCGUCGCUGCGACCACCAUCGCCAGCAGCACAUGCACCGCGGAGUACGGCGGCGGCGAGUGCUGCUCCGGCGCCGGCGGCGAGGAUCGCUCGGCCGCGUCCAUCGCGGAGCUCAUUGGCGGCGAGGCCGAGUACUCGCCGCGGUCGGACUACCCCGACCGCCUGCGCUCCCGGUCCAUCGACCCGGCGGCCCGGGCCGAGUCGGUCUCGUGGAUUCUCAAGGUGCAAGAAUACUAUGGAUUCCUUCCCUUGACGGCCUACCUCGCCGUAAACUACAUGGACCGGUUCCUCUCCCUCCGCCAUCUGCCGCAGGAUCAAGGAUGGGCAAUGCAGUUGCUAGCUGUGGCCUGCCUCUCACUGGCUGCCAAGAUGGAGGAAACCCUAGUUCCCUCCCUUCUUGACCUACAGCAGGUAGAAUGCACAAGGUAUGUUUUUGAGCCACAGACGAUCUGUCGAAUGGAGCUUCUCGUCCUAACGGCGCUCAAUUGGAGGCUCCGAUCGAUUACGCCUUUCACAUUCAUCGAUUUCUUCGCUUGUAAGGUCGAUCCGAGAGGGAAGCACACAAGAUACCUAAUUGCCCGAGCCACACAAAUGGUUUUAGCUACAAUACAUGACAUUGAGUUCUUGGAUCACUGCCCUUCGUCAAUGGCCGCUGCCGCGGUGCUGUGCGCUACCGGUGAGACGCCGUCGCUCGCAUCCUUGAACCCUGAGCUUGCAGUCAAUUGGUGCAUUGGCCUUGCAGAGGAAGGGAUCAGCAGCUGCUAUCAACUAAUGCAGCAGCUGGUGAUUGGAAAUGUACAGAGGUCAGCAGCAGCAGCAGCAGCAGUUAACCUGUUCUCAGAUGAGGGCCUGUCCUGUAAUUCCUCCUCACCUCCCCCAGCCAAGAGGAGGAAGAGGUCACCACCAGGCACAUGAGAGGUCUCAGUAGAUAGAGAAAAUUAUUUUACAUGAUGGGGUUUUUUUGCAGAUUAACAGGGUUUGAUUUCUUCCGGUUGUUGUGUUCUUGUGAUUCUUUUUCCCAUUUGUUCUCUUCUUUUGGGGCUUCUUUACACCUUUGUGGGGGCUCUCCCUGCUUGGCCCUAUUGAUCUUUGCCAUCAUGGCAUGGCAGCCUCUGCUACUGCCAGUCUGUGAGGAAGUGAAAAAUAUGGAGGCGAGGAGGGAAAGACAGAGAGACAGACAGAGAGAUAAACAUUUGUGUUUUUUUGUGCUACACUCUGUGGGUCUUCACACUUCAGUCUUCACCCCCCAAUGCAAGAUUGCAGAGAAUGCAUUGAUUACCUUGGUGAGCGAUGCCAUGGAGAAGAAGAAGAAAAGGAUCGCAAUGCAAUGCAUUUGCAAUGCACAUUGCAUUGCAGGAAGUGAGAUGGUAGGGGUUAAAUGAUGUGGUCAAGGAAUGGGUCAAAUCUCCUGUCAAAGGUGUAGGCCUUCUCCCUGCCAAGUUCUGUUCAUAUUCAUGAGGGGGAAAUUUGUUUGUUUCCGAGUGGUUUGUUUGUAUUUUGUUGAUGUUACUGAAGAUGAGGAGAGAGAGGGGGGGCAUGGUGUACUGGGAGGCACAUGCAUGCCCUAGUGUGAUGCUCUGGAGUGAAAUAUUUGUCCAUCUCCGGGCUAACAGUGUCCAAGCAUGAGGCUUUUGGGGGCCCUUGCUAUCUGUUCCCAUUUGUACCCUUUUUUUUUUCUUGCAUAAAUAAACACUUUGCCAGUUAAAUUGGCCUGAAAAAAAAAUCAUGAGAAGAGAGUU